AUGGCUAUCGCAAAAUUCUUCGCCCUGCUUGUGCAAAGCAUCAUCCAGUGCCCGCAGAUGGUGGGUGAUGAGCUGGAUGAGGCCACGCGCGAGCGCAUGGAGCAGCGUGCGGAGCAUCUGAGCCGGGAGAUGACUCAGCUGCUGCAGGAGCUGGAGCAGAGGAGCCUGAAGCAGAGCAUCAUGGAGCAGAGGACUCAGGAGCAGAGCGGCGUGGCCUGGGGAGCCCUGCUGUUUUCUACCUUGCAGCACUGGCAGUUCUGGGCAGUCGCUGGAGUCCUGGUCGUACUGUUCGGGCUCUGCUGGUGGCUCGGGAAAAGGAGCCGUGAGGCAGACAGCAGCAGAGACGAGGAGACCUCCAACAGCAUCAGAGAUCAGGAGGAGGAAGACGAGCUGGAGCAGGAAGAGGGGCAGGAAGAGGAAGAGGGGCAGGAAGAGGAAGAAAGUGAAGGAGAAGAUCCUGAUGAUGAGAUUGAUCUGGGCAGGAUUUUUGCAAAGUCCAUCCAGUGGCCAGUGCAGAACCUGUCCUACAGGAGCCGAGUGGUAGAGGAGCUGGUGGGUGAUCUCUUCCUGCUCUUCAAAGACCUCUUCCCAAAUAGUUUCUUCCCAGUGCUGCAGCCAGCCAUUGGGGUCGGCAGCACCUUCGAAGGUUGGUGUCCUCAUGAGGAUGAUGCUGUCUACCGCGUGCUCGUGCCCCUCAAGGCCCCCCGUGGGCACGCCUUCCACCUGGAACUAGGCACCACAGGGGACAGACCAGCGAAGGACUCCUGCAUCCGCGUGGAGCUGGAGUGUACUUGCACGAAUGAGCAGCUGGUGGACAACAUGCUGUGCUUCCUCCACCACUCCGAGGAGGAGCUGAAGAGAAACCAGGGUCCCAGCCUCCUACACACCCUCUGUACCGGCUCCUACCUGGAUGUGGAGAAGACCGUGCGCUGCUUCCAAAAGUUCGUGAGGUUAGCCUGGGUGGUUUUGCCUCAGUCGCGUCACUACCAUAUGAAGGUGCUGCCCUCCAGCCGUUCCUGCAAGCUGCAGCUGACAAGUGCCUCCAGGAGAACCCUCUUUGUUGAGGUGAUCUUUGGGGUGCAACAAGGUGACUCAGACAUCUUCCUGAGCAGCCAGGCUACAGAGGCCAUCUACGCCUCAAGCACGACGUGGCCAGAGAGCUACGCUGUGGCAGAGGUGAAGUUCUUCAGCUAUAUAGCCAAGCAGGCCCCGCAUGACAGCUUCCACCUCAAAUGCCUGCAGCUCUGCGCCCGCAUCCUGGUGGGCACAGGCUUUUCCACCUAUACCUUCAAGACUGCUAUGAUGCACCUCCUGAUCACCAUACCCCUGUCAUGCUGGCGCAGGAGGGAUUUCCUGCUGCGACUGGAGGAUAUCAUGCAGUACCUGCACUGCUGCCUGAAGGAGAAACGCCUCAACCACUUCUUCUUUGGCAACCAGAACGUGCCCGAGGAGAUCCUCUUGCCCCCAGCCUUCCGAAUGGCUGAGCCAUUCAACCUCUUCCAGCACCUGGCGCAGUAUCCGGCCACCCAUGCCAAGGCACUGCGUGAGUUCAUGGAGCUGCAAAAGCGGCUUACAAGACUGGUCUUCUAUGGACACUGA